AUGGAUGAAAGUACAGAUAUCAGCGAUACUGCACAGUUACUCAUAUUUGUAAGAGGAAUCAACGCCCACUUUGAAAUUACAGAAGAACUUGCAGGGCUGCAGUCAAUGAAAGGAACAACGACUGGUGCCGAUAUAUUUUGUGAAUUUGAAAAUUGCAUCGAUAAACUUCGUUUACCUAUUGAUAAGUUAUGUAAUGUAACUACAGAUGGUGCUCCUAAUAUGGUUGGAAUCAAUCAAGGAUUUGUUGGGAAAUUUAAUUCUAAGUAUCCGGAAAAUGAUGUUGUUUUUUUGCAUUGCCUUAUACAUCAGGAUGCUCUCUGUAAAUCGGCUUUAGAUAUUGACCAUAUACUUAAUAUUGUUGUAAAACUAGUAAAUAUGAUUCGUUCCAGAGGAUUAUUACAUCGCCAGUUUCAACAGUUUUUGGAGUCCGUACAUGCUGAGCAUUCCGAUAUCCUGUAUUAUUCAAAAGUUCGUUGGUUAAGUGCUGGAAAAGUAUUUGAAAGAAUUUGGGAUUUAAAAGACGAUAUUGUGAAUUUUCUUCUUGAUAAAGACAUUUAUAAUCAAUUUGACGUCUUAGAAAACGAAACGUGGCUUUCUGAUUUCGCUUUUUUCACAGACCUCCUCGUACACAUGAAUAUACUUAAUCUCAAAUUGCAAGGGAAAAAUCAGUUUCUUCACGAUAUUUGGCAAUACCUGAAAAGUUUCAAAUUACAGUUAUUAUUAUUUGCUAAUCAGAUCUCUAAAUCUGAUUUUUCUCAUUUUCCAAGAAUACAAUCUUUAAAAUUCACUAUAUCAAACAAUAAGAUUAAAAAAUACGAAAUUAAUUUGAGAAAACUAUCUUCAGAAUUUGAAAGGAGAUUUCAGGACUUUAGAAAAAUGGAACCAGAGUUUAGUAUUUUUGCGACCCCAUUCAAUGUUAAUUACGAAGAAGUUGAUGCAAAAUUUCAACUUGAGUUAAUAGAACUGAACUGUAAUACUCUCCUGAAACAAACUUUUCAUACAGUACCAUUACUAGAAUUUUAUAAAAAUUUAAGUCCAGAUAAUUUCCCAAAUCUAAUUACUCAUGCAAUGAAGAUAAUGACAAUGUUCGGCUCAUCUUAUAUAUGCGAACAAAUCUUUUCAACAAUGAAGCUUAGGAAAACUUCUUUAAGAAACAGAAUUACAGAUGAGCACCUUUCAUCAGUUUUAAGAAUUUCUGCUUCGCAAAUGGAACCGGACUAUGAUGAAAUUUUGAAGAAACAGUCUCAAUUUCAUUUUUCUCCUGCACCAUCAACCAGUAAUGACACCAGAAAAUAA